GCCCUCAAGCGCUUAUUGUUGUUAACUCUCUUUCGAAAUGGACGGUUUUUAGUGACAAAGAUUAUGCGGAAAUUUUCCUGUUCGAUCAAAAUUCAAAGAGUUCAUUUCUCGUUAGCCUUGAAUCAAGUCUAAUUAUACUCAUUAUAAAACUGAAAAUUUACUCCUUUGCACAUAUCAAUAUAAAUAUAUUAAAUCCGCGUCACUUGCGAUUGUCGGUUUGUAAAUAUCGCGCUGCUUUUCAACAUUUUUAUUGUUUUUUACUUGUUAGUUGCCUCUGAUAAGCAAAUUCGGUGUUCGGAUUAUCUUCCGUAUCAAAUUGUUUCUGAAUAUCAGUAUUGCAAAGAACGAUAACGAUUAGUUCAAGUGAAUGGAUUGCGCGUUUUAACUUAUUAGCGUAAAUGUACUAUAUGUGAAUACCAGACCAGUGCGAAAUGGGGUUUUGCAAUUUUUUUAAAGUCAACGUAUUUGAAAAAUUCACUUACAGUGUUGUCACGGGCACCGAAACUUUUUUUUAUAAAUUAGGAAUAUCUAUCGCCCUACACCCAAUCCGAACCAUCGCAUUAUGCUGGAUCGUGGUACUUCUCAGCGGAUUUGGAUUUUUCCGAUUUCGACAAGAAAAGAACCCGUUAAAACUGUGGGUACCGCCAGAUACCACUUUCAUUCGCGAUUCUGAGUGGUUGAUGAAUACGUUUCAGCGAGGAUUUUCGGACGAAGCAAUCACUAUUGUUGCAGAAGACGUUUUAACUCCAGAAGUAAUCGUUAAGCUCGGUAAAAUCCACACUCAAAUGAUGGGUGCUAAAACCAUCAACAAUAUUACCAUGAAAGAUGUGUGCUUCAGAAUACCUAAAGUCAAUAAGAAACUAUUAAAACUCAUGAUUAGCGAAACUGAAGACGAUUUAGAUCCAAGUAUGACAAUGCCAGCAGCUUUGUAUUGUAGUUUUAUAGAGACCAUGAAGACUGAGUGCUACACCAAAAGUAUUUUAGAACUGUGGGAUUUCAAUAUGACCCAGAUCGCUUUGCUUACCAAAGAUGAUAUCGUUUAUUCGGUUAAUACUUACAACAAAGACUUAAUAUUUGGGAAGCUUAAAAGCUAUGAUCACCUACUGGGUGGAAUUGUGAGAAACGAGACUGGACAUAUCAUUAGCGCUAAAGCAAUAGAUAAUUAUUGGUUACUUCUAGUCAAUUUUUCUUCUGUCGACAUGAACAAGGCCGGAAACAUGGCCGGAACAGGAGAAUGGGCUUCCGAAGAAGCACUUGAUUGGGAACUGACGUUCCUGAAUAUCUCAGAAACGUUGGCUAAAGACGAAAAGGAGUUGUAUUAUUUUUCUGGUAGAAGUUUUGGAGAUAUCAGUAACAACUCAAUGUUCCAAGACAUCGAUAAACUAAGCAUUGGAAUAGUGAUAAUGGUGAUAUACGUGCAAUUCGUGAUAUCUAAAUUUAAUUGGCUGGAAGCCCGGAUUGUUUUAGGGAGUGUGGGCAUGCUGGCCAUUGUCAUGGGCUUUAUAGUCGGAGCGGGACUUUGCUCCUUACUGGGGAUAUUUUAUGGACCUGUUCAUCUGUCCUUACCUUUUCUUUUGAUGGGUUUAGGCGUGGAUGAUAUGUUAGUUAUAAUGACAUGCUGGGAUGAAUUAUCUGUAACCGACCAGAAACGUCCUCUUCCCGAAAGAAUAGGACUCGUUUUAAAACAUGCAGGAGUAUCCAUAACAAUUACAUCGUUUACUGAUGUUAUUGCUUUUAUUAUCGGAGCCUCAACGAUCUUGCCCUGUUUGGAAUCAUUUUGUAUUUAUGCCGCAUGCGGAGUGUUCAUGACAUUCGUUUUUGUGAUCACAUUUUUUAUGGCGUGCUUUGUGCUGGAUCAGAAGCGCCUUGAAUCGAACCGAAACGGGAUUAUACCGUGCAUUGAGCAUCCGACGUAUAAGCCGAACAAGUGCAGCCAGAGCCGACUUACCAGCAGAAUAUUCGAAUAUGUUUAUGGAAAUAUAAUUCUAACAACGCCUGGAAAGGUGAUAGUAAUACUCACUACUAUAGUUUUUGCCGGAGUGAGUAUAGAAAGUGCGUUGAAGUUGGAGCAGAGAUUUGAUCCAAAAUGGUUCCUACCGGAAGGCACUCAUCUGGCCGAGUAUAUCAAAGCAAGGGACACUCAUUUUCCGCAUGUGGGCUGGGAUGCCGCUUUUUAUAUGGGGGCACUCAAUUACAGCCAUGAAUUGAAGAAAAUCAAAGCGGCAGUCGAUCAGUUGGAAAAUAUGACUGAUAUUACCAGCAACAUCAUGUCCUGGGUGGAUCCAUUUAGGACAUUUGUCUUGAAUAAUUUUAAACACGACGUAUAUGAAGAAGAUCUGGAUGAGGACCGAUUUGAUAUAAUGAUGUCAAAAUUCCUGCAUAGUCCUCGCUAUGCAAAGUACCAAGGCAACUUCGUGUUUGAAAGAGACUUGGAAUGCGGAGCAGGAAUCCCGAAAAUUAAGAUGUCCAGCAUCGAUUUCAACAUAAAAAAAUUUCCGGAUCCAAGACAGCAAAUAGUACCGAUGCAUAGGGUGCAAAACGUUGCAGAAAAUGCCAAUUUUACCACUGGGGAUAAAUUUGCCACCGUCUGGUCAAAGUUCUUUGCCAUGUGGAUUACUGAUGAGCUAAUCGACGUAGAAGUUAUGAGGAAUCUUGAGCUGGCCUUAAUCUGUGUGAUGGCCUGUACCAUACUGCUGAUUGCUAAUUGGCAGAUUUGCUUCUGGAUUUUCAUCUGCGUCUUAGUAACGAUGUUGAAUGUGUGCGGAUUUAUGCAACGAUGGGGCCUAACAAUUGACCUGGUUUCUUGUAUAGGUUUGGAAUUAGCCAUUGGCUUAUGCGUUGACUACGCAACCCAUAUAGGGCAUACUUUUCUAACAAUCCACGAAGGGAGUAAAAGAGAUAGGGCAUUAAGAACAGUCAGUUCUAUUGGUUCAGCGGUUUUAUUCGGCGGUCUUUCGACGUUUAUUGGCAUGUUUAUGAUGAGCCAGUCAACUGCUUAUACAUUUCAAUCAUUUUUUAAGAUAUUUUCUUUGGUCAUUAUUUUCGGUUUAUUCCAUGGCAUCGUCUUGUUUCCGGUGAUUUUAAGCUGGAUUGGACCAAAACCGUAUCAAGCAACACCUAAACCCAUUCCGCAACAUGAUAUUGAGAUGGAAAAUGGAGCGCAAUUGACUUGUUUGGACUAACGGAGCUGGAAAGGAUUCUGAAUCAUGGUUGUUAUAUUUGUACUAUAAUAAAUAUUUAUUGUUUA